AUGGAUAUGGUGAUGAGUUUGGGGUCUGAAAAGCCAGUGGUGAUCUUCAGCAAGAGCAGUUGCUGCAUGUCCCAUAGCAUCCAGAAGCUGAUAUCCAGCUAUGGCGCAAACCCUGAAGUUCACGAGCUCGACAAAGUCCCGAGUGGAAAGGAGAUGGAGAGCGCUUGCAAGCUGCUGGGGCAAAGUGCUGAAACUUCCAGCACUGCCCAUGUCCCAGCUGUGUUCAUUGGUCAUCAAUUUGUCGGAGGUGCCAAUGAGGUCAUGAGCCUCCAUAUCCAGGGCAAGCUCGCUCCACUGCUCAUCCAGGCUAAAGCUAUAUGGGUUUGGAAAGGAUAGAUAAAUAAUACAACAUGCUCAUAUAUAUCACAUUAAUUUACUACUUUUGCUGAAUAUAAUUUGGUAGCAUAAUCUGAAAACCAGCAUGCAUGCAUGCACCAUGUAAGUGGUAUGUUGAAUGCUUUCUUAAUCAAUAUAUAUAGUUUCUCCA